AUGAUGGCGGUUCAGAAAUGGAAAUGCUCAUGGCCCCUCACUGCUGCAAUUGCUUCAGCUGUGGCAUUGUUUUCAAUAGUUUACCUAUUAAUGUUUCCUGUUGAUCCUUCAUUUGAUUACCUGAGAAUCCGGGAAGCUACUCAGAGUGGAUGUCUCCCUCCUAACGCAACAGCCAGACAACAUGUUUGGGAAAAUCUGCAACCCAGAGUUGAUCUUCAUCAUAGAUUUCCUGCUGACUUGCAUGGGGCAGUGGUCUAUCGUAAGGCACCAUGGAAGGCUGAGAUAGGGCGGUGGCUUUCUGGUUGCGAUUCAGUUGCCAAGGAUGCCAACAUUUCUGAGAUAAUCGGUGGCAGACGCUGCAAAGAUGACUGUAGUGGUCAAGGUGUUUGCAACUAUGAAUUGGGAGAAUGUCGGUGCUUCCAUGGAUUUACAGGGGAAGGAUGCUCCGAGAGAGUGCAGUUGCAAUGUAAUCUUCCUACUUCACCAGAGCAACCAUAUGGUCGAUGGGUUGUUUCCAUUUGCCCUGCUCACUGUGAUACAACAAGAGCAAUGUGCUUCUGUGGAGAGGGUACAAAAUAUCCAAAUCGUCCUGUAGCAGAAGCUUGCGGAUUUCAAAUCAACCAUCCUGUUGAACCUGGUGCUCCCAUACUGACAGAUUGGACAAAAGAUGACUUGGCUAAUAUUUUCACAACAAACAGUAGCAAAGCAGGGUGGUGCAAUGUUGACCCGGUUGAAGCAUAUGCUUUUAGGAUGAAAUUUAAAGAGGAAUGCGACUGCAAGUAUGAUGGUCUUUCUGGUCGGUUCUGUGAAGUGCCUGUGCAGUGUGUCUGUAUCAAUCAGUGCUCUGGACAUGGGCAUUGUCGUGGCGGAUUUUGUCAGUGUCGCAGUGGUUGGUAUGGGGUGGACUGCAGUAUCCCAUCUGUUCUAUCUCCGGUUAGCGGGUGGCCUAGGUGGCUCCGCCCUGCCCAGCUUGAUAUCCCUAAUAAUGAGAAUCUCACUACUCCAUUAUUCGAUCUCAAUGCUCUCACGAAGAAGAAAAGGCCCCUGGUUUAUGUAUAUGAUUUACCUCCUGAGUUCAAUAGUCUGCUUCUGGAGGGGAGACAUUUUAAGCUCGAAUGUGUAAACAGAAUCUAUGAUGAUGGGAAUGCAACAAUAUGGACUGAGCAACUCUAUGGAUCCCAGAUGGCAAUCUACGAAAGUCUUUUGGCUAGUGCACAUCGUACUUUAAAUGGUGAGGAAGCUGACUUUUUCUUUGUCCCUGUGCUUGAUUCAUGCAUCAUCACUCGAGCAGAUGAUGCACCUCACUUGAGCUUGCAGGAGCAUAGGGGCAUAAGGAGCUCGUUUACUUUGGACCUUUAUCGGAAGGCAUAUGAUCAUAUAGUUGAGCAUCAUCCCUUUUGGAACCGUUCAUCGGGCAGAGACCACAUUUGGUCUUUUGCAUGGGACGAGGGUGCUUGUUAUGCUCCUAAGGAGAUAUGGAAUAGCAUGAUGCUGGUUCAUUGGGGUAAUACAAACUCCAAGCAUAAUCAUUCAACAACAGCCUAUUGGGCUGACAAUUGGGAUACCAUUACUUCUGAUAGAAGAGGCACUCAUCCAUGUUUUGAUCCUCACAAAGAUCUUGUACUUCCUGCUUGGAAACGCCCUGAUGCUGGCUCCUUAAGCAUGAAACUUUGGGCCAGGCCUCAUGAGAUGCGGAAGACGUUAUUCUACUUUAAUGGAAAUCUUGGUCCAGCAUAUGAAAAUGGAAGGCCAGAAGCUUCGUAUAGCUUGGGUAUCAGACAGAAACUUGCUGAAGAGUUUGGUUCAAGUCCUAACAAGGAUGGGAAGCUUGGGAAGCAGCACAUGGAAGAUGUGAUUGUGACUUCACAGCGCACUGAAAAUUACCACGGUGAUUUAGCCAAUUCACUAUUCUGUGGAGUAUUGCCAGGAGAUGGUUGGAGUGGUCGUAUGGAAGAUAGCAUCUUGCAAGGGUGUAUCCCUGUGGUCAUCCAGGAUGGGAUUUUCCUCCCAUAUGAGAAUGUGCUCAAUUAUGAAAGCUUUGCUGUCAGACUUCAAGAAGACGAAAUUCCAAACCUGAUAAAAGUUCUGAAGGCAUUCAACGAGACUGAGAUUGGAUUCAAGUUGAGGAACGUAAAGAAAUUGUGGCAACGAUUCAUGUAUCGUGAUUCGUUGUUGCUUGAAGCUUCGAGGCAGAAAACCAAAUUGGGUCUCGUGGCAGAUUGGGCGAACGAACUAUCAAAAUUGACCGAGGAUGAUGUCUUCACAACAUUUCUACAGGUUCUGCACUACAAGUUGCAUAACGAUCCUUGGAGGGAGCAGCUUGGCCAUAAUCCUUCAUCAUGGGUAAUACCCAAAAAAGAAGAAGAUCAAAGAUCAGAAGAGGAAGGAAGAGUUGCAGUGCUUAUCAGUACAGAGGAGCUGGACAUGAAGUUUGAUAAGUUCAUGAGAAAGCCUCCUGCUUCUUCAUUCGCCAUGGAUGUAGUCUCUUCGUCCUUCGCUCUCGACUCUAAUCCGCUCGCUUCUCCCGGUUGGAACUCUUUCCGCCGCCGCUACCAGUGCCUCCCUCUGUCCUCUGCUGCUCCUCGCCGCAGCGCCGUACUCUGCUCCGCCCUCAAGUCCUCCCCCUCGCUCAGCGUCGCCGAUUCCGCUUCCACGGAAUCGGUCCCUCGAAUCGGAUCGCUGAGUCAAGUUGCCGGCGUGCUGGGGUGCCAGUGGGGAGACGAAGGUAAAGGCAAGCUCGUCGAUAUCUUGGCUCAGCAUUUCGACGUCGUUGCUCGCUGCCAGGGUGGAGCUAAUGCUGGGCAUACGAUCUAUAAUUCUGAGGGGAAGAAAUUCGCCCUUCACCUGGUUCCCUCUGGCAUUCUCAAUGAGGAUACACUUUGUGUUAUCGGGAAUGGAGUAGUGGUGCAUUUGCCCGGUCUGUUUAAGGAAAUUGAUGGCUUGGAAGCGAACGGGGUGUCAUGCAAGGGAAGAAUAUUGGUCUCUGACCGUGCUCACCUCUUAUUCGAUUUCCAUCAAGAGGUUGAUGGGCUGAGAGAGGCCGAACUUGCUAAGUCGUUCAUUGGGACGACCAGGAGAGGGAUUGGACCUUGCUACUCGAGCAAGGUCAUCCGUAAUGGCAUCAGGGUAAGUGACCUGAGGCACAUGGAUACUUUCCCGCAGAAGCUUGAUCUUUUAUUGUCGGACGCUGCUUCGAGAUUCCAAGGUUUUAACUAUGGCCCCGAAAUGCUCAGGGAAGAAGUGGAGAAGUAUAAGAGGUUUGCUGAGAGAUUGGAGCCUUACAUUGCUGAUACUGUGUAUGUUAUGAAUGAGUUCAUCAGCCAGAAGAAGAAGGUUUUGGUGGAAGGUGGUCAAGCUACCAUGCUGGAUAUCGACUUUGGAACUUACCCGUUUGUAACGUCUUCCAGCCCAUCAGCAGGUGGGAUCUGCUCUGGUCUUGGUAUUGCUCCCAGGGUUCUUGGUGAUCUUAUCGGCGUGGUGAAAGCUUACACUACGAGGGUUGGUUCUGGUCCAUUCCCUACAGAGAUAUCGGGUCAAGGAGGAGAUCUCCUUAGGUUUGCUGGCCAAGAAUUCGGAACAACAACUGGCCGUCCUCGUCGUUGUGGUUGGCUGGAUAUUGUCGCACUGAAGUAUUGCUGUCAGAUAAAUGGCUUCUCUUCCUUGAACCUAACUAAAUUGGAUGUUUUGUCCGACCUUGCUGAAAUUCAAUUGGGGGUUUCUUAUAAGCUACCUGAUGGUACAGCAGUUAAGUCCUUUCCAGCAGAUCUUCGCUUGCUUGAACAGCUCAAGGUCGAAUAUGAGGUACUGCCAGGAUGGCAGACCGAUAUUUCUUCUGCUAGAAGCUACUCAGAUCUUCCAAAGGCUGCUCAGAGAUACGUCGAAAGGAUAGAAGAACUCGUCGGAGUCCCAAUUCAUUACAUUGGCAUUGGCCCAGGACGAGAUGCUCUCAUCUUCAAAUGA